AGGAUGUGUGCAUCACUGUGAGUUUGAGAGACUAAGAGAAGGGAGCUAGACAAAAUACCAAUUUGCUCCAGAGUUACAAUUUGCUCCCCCCAUCACACAUUCUGAAGAUGGACUACAGCUGUUCUAACCUAGAAACACCCAGAGAGCCUCUCCGCUACCUCAGUAAUGAGGAGGCUGCAGCCUUGGAGGCAGAGUUGCUGGGAGAGUAUGGCUUUGGACCGCAGCAGCUGAUGGAGAUCUGGGGCCAUGCCUGUGCCAUCGCUAUCACCAAGGGCUUCCCCCUGAGUUCCCUCAAGAGGCAUCCUACAGUGUUGGUGAUCUGUGGUCCCAGUCAGAACGGCUGUAUUGGUCUGGCCUGCGCCCGCCACUUACGUAUGUUUGACUAUAUGCCCACGGUGUACUACCCCAAGCGCUCUACUCUGGCCCUGCACCAGGACUUUACAGUACAGUGUGAGAAAACGGACAUCCCUUUCCUCUCAUAUCUCCCCGCAGAGGUGCAGCUGAUAAACAAUGCGUAUAACCUGGUGGUGGAUGCCAUCAUGGGGCCGGAGACGGAGCCGUCUGAUAUCAGUGAGCCCUACAGCAGCAUCCUGCUCACCCUCAGACACAUCCGUAUCCCCAUCGCCAGCGUGGACAUCCCCUCAGGGUGGGACGAGGAGGAAGGGGCCAACGUCGACUGUAUAAACCCGACAGCGCUCAUCUCCCUCAUGGCACCAAAGAAGUGUGCCGUCGGUUUCAGUGGGACACAUUACCUGGUGGGACGCACCCUGCCCUAUGACAUCCAGAGGAAGUAUAAGCUCAAUGCGCCAGACUACCAUGGCACAGACUGUCUGGUUGAGCUGGGGUAAACAAACAGAUGCGCUGUUUUUCAAGGGUUUGAACUAAGCCCUGUUCAAAUAUUUAGAAGUGUAGGCCUAUCCUUCCUUCAUCCUUGAGGUUAUCUACUGAGAGAAGAAGGAUGCCUUAUUUGUAAUGAGGAUAUGUAGCAGAUAUCUCUUUCUUAGUGUAACAAGGAAGUAAAGCUUUCUGUAUAUUAAUAAUCUCAGAAAACCAGUCAGAUUGACCCGCAAGGUUCUAAACCUUGAGGAAGUUUGCACAGCUGUAUAAGAUAUGUAACAUGGUGUUAAGUUUGCCAAAAUGAGCUGUUAAUAAUUUGUCCAUUUUCAUGUUUGUUUGCCAAAAUAAACAUGAGCUGUAAAUCAUU